UUGCUUCGCCGGCCGCCGCCUAAGGGGGCUGGGGCCGGGCCAAGCUGCCGCUGCCGUUGCCGGGAUGCCGCGGGUGUACAUCGGCCGCCUGAGCUACCAGGCCCGGGAGCGCGAUGUGGAGCGCUUCUUUAAGGGCUACGGGAAGAUCCUGGAGGUGGAUCUGAAGAACGGAUAUGGGUUUGUGGAGUUUGAUGAUCUGCGUGAUGCAGAUGAUGCUGUUUAUGAACUGAAUGGCAAAGACCUUUGUGGUGAGCGAGUAAUUGUUGAGCAUGCCCGCGGCCCACGUCGAGAUGGCAGUUACGGUUCUGGACGCAGUGGAUAUGGUUAUAGAAGAAGUGGGCGAGAUAAAUAUGGCCCUCCUACCCGCACAGAAUACAGACUUAUUGUGGAAAAUUUGUCAAGUCGGUGCAGCUGGCAAGACCUAAAGGAUUAUAUGCGUCAGGCAGGAGAAGUGACGUAUGCAGAUGCUCACAAGGGACGCAAAAAUGAAGGGGUGAUUGAAUUUGUGUCUUACUCCGAUAUGAAAAGAGCUUUGGAAAAGUUAGAUGGAACUGAAGUCAAUGGCAGAAAAAUCCGAUUAGUCGAAGACAAGCCUGGUUCUAGACGGCGCCGGUCCUACUCCAGGAGCCGGAGUCACUCCAGGUCUCGCUCUCGUAGCAGACAUUCUCGUAAGAGCAGAAGCCGAAGCGGCAGCAGCAAAAGCAGUCAUUCUAAGAGUAGAUCUCGGUCCAGGUCGGGCUCCCAUUCCCGGAGUAAGAGCCGCAGCCGCAGCCAGAGUCGCAGCCGGAGCAAGAAGGAGAAAAGCCGCAGCCCCAGCAAGGAUGACAAGAGUCGCAGCCGGAGCCGCAGUGCAGACAAGCGCCGCAGCAAGAGUAAAGACCAAGCUGAAGAGAAGAUUCAGAACAAUGACAACACUGGAAAGUCCAAGAGCAGGAGUCCUAGUCGUCAUAAAAGCAAGAGUAAAAGCCGAAGCAGGAGUAAAGAGAGGAGAGUGGAGGAGGAGAAGCCCGGGAGCAGGAGCAGGAGCAAAGAGAAGAGCCGGAGUCAGGAGAAAGGCCUCCGCAGGAGCAGGAGCAAGGGAGGCAGCAGGAGCCGCAGCCGGAGUCGUAGCAAAAGCAAGGACAAGAGGAAGGGGAGGAAGAGAAGCCGGGAGGAGAGCCGCAGUCGCAGCCGCAGCCGCAGCCGCAGUAAGAGCAAGAGAAGCAGAAAACGCAGCAGCAAGCGAGACAGCAAGUCAGGCAGCAGCGAGAAGAAGAAGAGGGAAGACGCUGAGCACUCCCGGUCCAGAUCUCGGUCCCGCUCGGCUUCAAAGGAGCGGGAACGUCCCAAGCCUGAGUCCGGCCAGAGGGAAGGCGGAGGGGAGAGCAAAGAUGCUGGCACCAAUCAGGAGACCCGGUCCCGGUCAAGGUCCAAUUCCAAAUCAAAACCAAACCUUCCGUCAGAAUCACGCUCCAGGUCAAAGUCUGCUUCAAAAACCCGAUCUCGGUCCAAGUCUAGAUCCAGGUCUGCAUCCAGAUCACCUUCCCGGUCUCGAUCUAGAUCCCACUCAAGAUCCUAACUGGCUACGACCACAGCUGGAACUACCCGAGAAGUUUUGUACAUGUUUGGUAGCCGUAGCACAAGUGAUUGAAGUAGAACAUAUGUCACUGCUGUACAUUUUUAACUCCCCUAAUGGUGUGUCUACAAUUGUUAAAUCUAAGUGCUUCCUCUCAGUAAAGCCUCCUGGCGCCAGGCCUUCCUGCUCGACUGAAAACAAUCUCUUUGAAAACCCCUUUCCUCAUGGUCCACAGUAGAAUAUCCAAAAUGCCUUGGCUUUCAGGCCUGGCCUUUCUUACAGGGAGCUCAGUACCUGAAUGGGUCUAAGGCUGGAAUGAUGACAUAGGUAGGUAUGGUGAGUUCAACCAUUUUUGCCCUUGAAUUGACUCCCUUUGAUGUAUGCCAUUUAGUGAAAGUGCUAAGUCUUAAGUUUCCUACCACUUUGGUUUCAUAUUUUUGGACUUAACAAAGUUGUGAAUAGCACAGUCAAGGAAAAUUGAUACCUGCAGUAACCCAUAGGAAAUAAACUAUAGAGUUCCAUAUUCUGGUAUUGUGAUUAUAUUGUUUUAUAUUAAAAAAGAAAAAAGAAUUUUUUUUAAUUUUAUUUUUCCCCGUCUUGCAAAGUAUAGUGACCCCUGUUUCCAUUAAAUUUGAAUAAAGACUAUUUUUGCUUGACAAAAUUUCAUGGUGCUUGAAUCAAAGUUGCAUUUCCUAAUCUCUCUUGAUAACUCUUUUCGUAGCCUAAAAACUUCAGUGUAUAAUGGGUCUUUGGUUUCUUAAGAUCAUGGGUAGGGAGCCAACACUUUUUCCUAAAGGAUUUUUCUCAUCCAACAGAAUAAAGGAAUUAGUUUCUCGGGAAUUUAUAGUCCUUCCUCUCUUAAGAAGCAUAUGGCCAAGCUGAUGAGAAAUGAAUCAGUUUGGGAACUUGGAGCAUCACCAGAUGAGUUCUUCAUGAACAUAACUUCCUUCUGCACUGUUUGAACUAAUGGCCAUGAAUCUGAAGUAGCAUGCCUCAUCACCUUAGGAUUUGGACUAAUCAGAAACCAGGAAGAGAAACUGCUGGAUUAGCUUCAUCCCUCAUUCUCUGCAUUACCUGUCUGGCCCAGCUCUGUAGGAAGUACCAGAGAUACAGUGAUUCCAAUCUGGUCUCCAUCCUUGGACUGUUGAGAAGCCAGAGGCCCUCUGUCACAAGCUUGAGAGGAGAGACAGCCACUUUUCAGACUGCUGCCUGUGAAUGUACGAGAGGCUGUUCCUAGAUUUAAAAUUCUGUCCUGUCGCCUUCUAUAGAUCAUACCCUGUAGGACACACUGGGAUGCCAAAUCCAGAGUGUUUCUUGUUCUCUUGGAGUUUGUGAUCUGGUUGCAAAUGAUAGCACCACUAGGAUAAAGUGAGAAUUUAGAAAAGGGAACUGUAACUUCAUCAGAGUUCAGAGACGUCUUGGAGGCAUCAGCACUUAGACUGCAUCUUUGGAGAUGUGGGGGUGAAGGCAUUCCUGUAGAAAAACCUGUGAGCAGCGCACCGUAAAAUUGGGAAAGCAUAGAACAGGGUGCCCAGCAAACCUGGAGUUUGAUAAUGGGGGUAAAAGGAGCAAGUUUGGCUGGAUGUAUUGGGUCACAGAGGGCUUUAUAUAUCGGGAAGAGGGAUUUGGCCUUUGUCCUGUGCUUGUUGGGGGAAUAUUUGAACAGGAGGAUGCGGGUAGAGCUGUGCUGCAGGAAGACCUAAGAGAUCAGUCGCAGGGAACCCAGCGCUGUAGGGAGUGCAGUAGUUGCAGAUGCUGUGGGGCCUAAACAAAGGCAGUGACCACAGGGAGCAGAAGGAAAGAUCAGCCUGUGACCUGUAAAAAGGAGCUGUCAGAGGCCAUCCAAGAAGGGGGCCUUUCUGAGGAAUGAGGGGAUGGAGGUGAGGGAGGCGGUUUGGGAACAAUUUCAGGAACACACCGGGCAGCCAGACCCAGGAACCUGCACCUCCCCAGGGCUUCCCUCCAUUCUUGUGUCGUGAUAAGGUGAUGGCUCCAACCAGUGGAAUUCCCACUGCCUCAGAUUUGUGUGGUCUCCUGUAGGUGACAAGAAUUAAACAUUCCCUGAUUUUAUCCAUGUAAGGAGGGGGACAGUUCUUUGGGCAUUUUUUUCACUCACAAGUUGAAACUUUUGAAAGAUUGAGCUUAACUUCACUAAAGCGUAGCAACUAUUUUCCAAAUUCUCUUCCAAGCUUUGUUCCUAUUCAUUCAUAUUCUAGACACAGUUAUGUCAUUUUUCAUAACUUAAUAAAUUGUCAUGUAAUGUUA